GUACUCAUUGGUCGAAAUGGUCGAAUUGGCGAGCUCGUGCACUCAAAUUUCGUGAAUUUCAGCUUUUGGAAUGAUGUCCUAAACGUCUGUGUACAAUGGAAUCAAUGCAGAUAGAACAAGUUGAUGUGAAACCACAUAUAAUUAAGGGAAAUAUAGACAGUUCAACAGUUGCAUCCUCAUCCGACGUAGAAUCACAGAAGGUAACCGAAAUCGAGAUUCUACCAGUUAUAUACGAAAUUAUCAGGAGUGUCGAGAAAGAUCCUGUGGAUAACGCAGCUAAACAAAAAGAAAGCCAGGACUGUAGUUUAAAGGUUCUGGAGUUACAAAAAAGACUAGAAUUGGCGCGUGUGACAAUUCGACAGCUUCCCGGAAUCGAGUAUAGUAAGGAAGAACAGCUAAGAAGACUCGAAAGCCUUCGGAAACAACUGGCACUCAAACAACAGCUUAUUAAGAAAUACAAAAACGUUCAAUUUUAG